GAGCUGUCAGUCGGAAGGAGACGCCGGAGCCUUCCCUGCUGGGCCAGCAGCCGCGCCGACCGCACCAUGCCCCGAAUCGAUGCGGACCUCAAGCUGGACUUCAAGGAUGUCCUUCUCCGACCCAAGCGGAGCAGCCUCAAGAGCCGAUCAGAGGUGGACCUUGAGAGAACCUUCACAUUUCGAAACUCCAAGCAGACCUACUCAGGGAUCCCCAUCAUCGUGGCCAACAUGGACACCGUGGGGACAUUUGAGAUGGCAGCAGUGAUGGCACAGCACAGCAUGUUUACAGCGAUUCACAAGCAUUAUUCCCUGGAUGACUGGAAGCACUUUGCCACGAAUCACCCAGAAUGCCUGCAGCAUAUAGCCGUGAGCUCAGGCAGUGGGAAGAAUGAUCUGGAAAAGAUGAGCAACAUUCUGGAAGCUGUGCCACAGGUGAAGUUCAUUUGCCUGGAUGUGGCCAAUGGGUAUUCGGAACAUUUUGUGGAAUUUGUGAAACUCGUCCGUGCCAAAUUUCCGGAGCAUACGAUUAUGGCCGGGAACGUGGUCACAGGGGAGAUGGUGGAGGAGCUGAUUCUGUCCGGAGCAGACAUCAUCAAAGUGGGAGUGGGUCCAGGUUCCGUGUGUACCACCCGCACCAAGACCGGGGUGGGCUACCCACAGCUGAGCGCCGUGAUCGAGUGUGCGGACUCUGCCCACGGGCUGAAGGGCCACAUCAUCUCCGACGGAGGCUGCACAUGCCCAGGAGAUGUCGCCAAAGCCUUUGGAGCCGGUGCAGAUUUUGUCAUGCUGGGCGGGAUGUUUUCGGGCCACACGGAAUGUGCUGGAGAGGUGAUUGAGAAGAACGGACAGAAGCUGAAGCUCUUUUAUGGGAUGAGCUCCGACACGGCCAUGAGGAAACACGCAGGAGGAGUCGCCGAGUACAGAGCUUCUGAAGGCAAGACUGUGGAAGUGCCUUACAAAGGGGACGUGGAAUGCACAAUUCAGGAUAUUCUCGGGGGAUUGAGAUCUACUUGCACCUACGUGGGGGCCGCCAAACUCAAAGAGCUCAGCAGGAGGGCCACGUUCAUCCGGGUGACUCAGCAACACAACACUGUUUUUAGCUAACAUGGACAAGCUGCCUGCCAACCUCUGGAAGCUCACUCCUCUGUCUCUCUUACACACACACACACACACACACACACACAC